UUACACAUGGAGAUGGCCGCCGGCUUGUGGAAAGAGCCUUCUUAGCCCUGGUUUUGCUCCUGGCUGCAUCUUAUCAGCUGUGGGUUCCUUUGAGGUGUGCAUGCAGAUAACAAUCACGUAAGGAGAAUUGGGAGCAAACCCUGGGAACACUGCACAUGCUGGUGGAAGACUGCUUGUUUAUAUGGAGGUUGGCAGCAGCUGCACAGAAAACUCUGCUUUUGACUCUCUUGACCCUUUCAAGAACUUUAAAAUCCAUCCUGAACAGUGCAGAGAGGUGGAUGCAGCAUAAAACAUCAGUCAGAUUUUGUAGUUCAGCAGAACCUUGGCCAAGGGUGGUGGGAGUGCCAGGACUGGCUCUGUCCUUGUCCUGAUUUAAUAGCGGUGUGUGUGAAGGGAAUGGUCUGGAGCUUUGUCCAAGACCUUUCCUAGGCUGGAGGUAGAAGGCAGUGUGGGAUUUCAGCCAGUUUAUUUGUGAUACUUGGCAGUGGUUCCUUACCUGCUUCCUCUUCUGCUUGUGGAGUUUUACUUCAUGGUACAGAGGGGAAUUCCCUUUUUGGCCUAGUAGUUCUCGGGUUUUUUUGAAGGAAAUUCAUCACAUACAAUUGCAUGGGUUGCUUGUCCACUCUGCUGCCUCCACACCCUCCCACAGGGAUUUUUGAACCAGUUUCAUGACAAGAUGAUUCCUCCACUCCCCAAGUGCCUUCGUGGGGCUGUUAUCAGACAGCAAAGAACCUCUUUGGGGUGAGCAGAGGUGUGGGGUAGGUGGAUGUUAAACACCAGACAUCAGAGCCGUGUAGGAGCCUUGGGCCGUGCAGCACCUUGUUGGAAGGGGCUGAAACUGCCCCUCUGGUGCCCCUCUCCAAGCAGGAGCUCCAGGUUGUUGCUGUGUCCCCUCUUGCAGCAGUGCUGGGGGUCACCCCACUUCUCCCCGGAGGUAGCUGCAUGUCCAGUGACAGCCUGUUAAUCUCAUGUGUGUAAUCCCCAACAUGCUGAUGCAGUUCUCCCUGGAAACCUGGGGGCUGUGACACCCAAAUGUGAGGCUGAACUGCUUGGGGGAUGCUCAGCAAUAUUUAUUUUUUUCACUUGGGAUUUAAAACUGAAUAAAAAGAAAGAGGGAUUUUCCUUCUCAUCUGUUUGGGUUGUUUGGGGUUUUUUUGCCAACAACCUUUUAAUCCUAAAACAAAUCAGGUUCUUUCUUGGGUAGCCUGGUGGCUGCCAGGUCCCUGUCAGCUGGGGGAGCCAGGGCCACCGAAAGGUGAAUUUGCAGGAGGGCUGGGGUGCUGCUUUGUGGUUGGGCCCCUGCACAGACCUGUAAGUCGUGCUUGCCACAUCAGUGGCACCAGUCAGUGUCAGCCUGAGCAGCUUUCUUCCAAGAAGUGGAUAAUCCAGAUGACCAGAUGACCACACUCUGUUAUCUGAGCUGCAAGUUCAGCUCAACUGCAGGCGCCCUGGAAGGUGCUGUCGCUGUAGCUGCUGUGAGGGACCUCGCUGGAAGGAGGACAGGGGACAAAGCCAGAGCCCGCAGCAACGUCCUGCCACUCGCCCCUCUGGGCUGGAGAUCUCCCAGCAGGGUCUUGUUCAUCCCUGCUGAACAGGUGUGCUGGUCCUGGAGCCUCUGCACUUCACAAAUGAAGCCACUCGAAGGUACCUCGCUGGGACAGGGCAAGGAGGAGGCGCAGGGACCGGCCCAGGGACGCCGGCGGCGGCAGCGGCAGAGGACAAGCUGCCCACCCAGCCCCUCACCUCAGAGGGAGCAGCAGGCAGAGCUGUGCGGGCUCCUCACAUCUCCGGAUGAAGGCAGGAUGAGCAGUCCCCAGGGACACCCAGGCCGGGUUUUGGCUGGGAGCAAGCAGAUCGUGGAGCAAGUCAGCCAGGAGCCAGGCAGGGCCGUGCAGGAGCAGGCUGUGCACCCUGGGGUCAGUGACAGGACUGAAGAAGGUGCAGAAACACUGCAGGAGCCGCUGCUGAGUCUCCCCAGUGAGCUCUCAGUGCUGGACAGACUUGGCUUGCACAGGGUGGCUUUGACAGAGCAGGAUCUGGAGGCAGCCUUUGCCCACCUUGCCCUGGCUUUUCGCUGCGAUAUGUUCACCCUGCAGCAACGGGUGGAGGUGGAGAAACGGGCAAGGGAUGCAGCAGAGGAAAACAUCCAGGAGGAGCUGGGGCAGUGCCAAGCUGCCUUGGAGAGGCUGGGUCGAUCCUCUGCCAAUGCAGGCUGCAAGGAGGUGCUGGAGCAGCUGCAGCACAACCUGGCCGUGCUGUCAGCAGCUGUUGAGCGGGCAACCAGUGCCGCGGAGAAGCUGGGGGCUGUACACCAGGAGGCCCGGAUGAGCCGAGCAGCAGAGGUGAUGGUGCAGCACGUGGAGAACCUGAAGCGGCACCACAUGCGGGAGCACGCGGAGCUGGAGGAGAUGAAGCGCCUGAUCCAGCAAAACUCCCGCAACCGGCAGCUGGCGGAGAUCCAGGAUGAUGUGGAGCCACGGCUGAGACCUCACCCCCUGAAGAGAACUUUCCAGCAGGGGUCUGCCCGCCGCAGAGUCAGCAUCGCCGUCAUCCCCAAGCAGCUCUUGCCAGGUGCCAGCCCCGACAGCCGAGCAGCCCCAGCAGGUGACUCGGAGCCAGAGGGGGCCCAGCGCUGGCCCAGCAUCCAGAGGAGUGAACUGGAGCCACGGGGCCAGGACAGCGCCGUGACCGGGAAGCUGGUGGCUGAGGCAGAUGGCAGAGGCUCAAGUGCAGGGGACGAGGAGCCGGAGCAGCUUGGGCUGACGUCCAAAGGGUCUGCAGCAGAGCUGUGGCGUCCGUGGCUCUUCUUCCCGCAGCACUACUGGGUUAUCUUCUGGCUGCUUCUCCUGAGCAUCGCCUUCCUCCUCCUCAUCCGUGUCCUCGAGUUGCAGCGGCUGCAGUCUGCAGCAUCAUUCAAGGCCUAGCUGGACCGGGGAGGGGGAGCUGAGAGGCAUCUCUGCUCCUUCCCCACGUCCUAAAACACCAAAACCCUAGAAUAAUAAAACGGGAGGAAAAGUG